AUGGGCGCGGCCGGAGCCCUGGACCCGCGGCGCCCGAACGAGACGCUGCAGCGGCUGCUGUGCGGGGGGGGCCCCGGCAACGCCUCGGGCUGGAACCGGAGCCUCUGCGACCUGCUGCGGAGCCCGCCCGGGGCCCCCCCCGCAGACCUGGAGUUCACGGUGCGGGUCCUGCUCUACGCGCUGAUCUUCCUGCUCAGCGUCUUCGGGAACUCGCUGAUCAUCGCGGUGCUGGUGCUGAACCGCCGCCUGCGCACGGUCACCAACUCCUUCCUGCUCUCGCUGGCGCUGAGCGACCUGCUGCUGGCGCUGUGCUGCAUGCCCUUCACCCUCGUGCCCAACCUCAUGGGCACCUUCGUCUUCGGCCCCGCCGUCUGCAAGCUCGUGGCCUAUCUCAUGAGCAUCUCCGUCAGCGUCUCCACCUUCAGCCUGGUGGCGAUCGCCAUCGAGCGGUACAGCGCCAUCUGCAACCCGCUGCAGUCCCGCGUGUGGCAAACCCGCUCCCACGCCUACCGGGUCAUCGCCAGCACCUGGCUGCUGUCCCUGCUGCUCAUGCUGCCCUACGCCAUCUACAGCACCACGGUGUCCACCCGGCCUGGGCUCGCCCAGUGCCAGCACCGCUGGCCCAGCCAGCCCUUCAAACAGGCCUGGUACAUCCUGCUGCUCCUCAUCCUCUUCUUCAUCCCCGGCACGGUGAUGGCCGUAGCCUACGGACUCAUCUCCCGCGAGCUCUACCGCGGCAUCCGCUUCGAGAUGGACGUGAAGAGAGAAGCCACAGGUCUCCAGCACGGCGGCACCGAGCCCCUGGCGCCGGGGGUGGAGGACGACGGCUGCUACGUGCAGCUGGCCAGGCCGGGGGGGGCGCUGGAGCUGAGCUUGCUGGGCCGGGCGGGCGCAGGGCAGCAGGACUGCGCCCGCGUCAACGGCUCGCAGGCCACGCUGCUGGCCAAGAAGCGGGUGAUCCGCAUGCUGGUCGUCAUCGUGGUGAUGUUCUUCAUCUGCUGGCUGCCCAUCUUCUCCGCCAACACCUGGCGCGCCUUCGCCCCGGCCUCGGCCCACCGGGUGCUGUCGGGCGCCCCCAUCUCCUUCAUCCACCUGCUGUCCUACACCUCGGCCUGCGCCAACCCGCUCAUCUACUGCUUCAUGAACCGGCGCUUCCGCUCCGCCUUCGCCGCCACCUUCGCCCGCUGCCGCCCCCGGCGCCCCCGGCGCCCCCUGCCCGACGACGACAUGCCUACCGCCAGCGCCUCCCUCUCCAAGUUCAGCUACACCACCGUCAGCAGCCUGGGGCCCCCCUAG